CACACGUGAAGCUUAUUGCAACGUUGUUUUUUUUUUUUUUUUUUGGUUGAACACCCACCUUCUUUGACAUAGGCAUUGGCACAAGCCCAUAACUAUUUUUCAAAGUCCAUAUGAACUGAGAAACACAACAACAACAACAACAACAAAAAAGUUUUAGUCAAGCAACACAGCACAGAGAGAGAUAAGAGAGAAGCAGGGACAGUGCCAUGGCUCUCUCACCCUGCUUUUCCCCUUUGGUAUUUCUCUUUCUCAUUGUUGGGUGUGUUGCACGGCCUUUCUAUCCACUCCCUAGUAAAGUAGCUGAGGGCACUAGAAAGCCCCUACAAACUUCUCGUCCAUAUAACAUAGCACAUCGAGGUUCAAAUGGAGAGAUUCCUGAAGAAACUGCUCCUGCAUACCAGAGAGCUAUUGAAGAGGGUGCAGACUUCAUUGAAACCGAUAUCCUUUCUUCCAAAGAUGGCGUUCUUAUAUCCUUCCAUGAUGUAACACUUGAUGUUACCACUGAUAUUCUUCAACACAAGGAGUUUGCCAAUCGUAAAAGGACCUAUGAAGUCCAAGGAAACUAUACCACUGGAUUUUUUACUGUUGAUUUCACCAUAAAAGAACUAAAGUCAUUGCGGGUGAAGCAGAGGUACCCAUUUCGAGAUCAACAAUAUAAUGGAAAGUUUACUAUUAUUACCUUUGAGGAGUACAUUUUAAUUGCAUUGGAUGCACCCAGAGUUGUUGGAAUAUACCCAGAGAUUAAAAAUCCAGUCUUUAUCAAUGAGCAUGUGAAGUGGCCGGGUGGUAAGAGAUUUGAGGAUAAGUUUGUGGAGACACUUAAGAAGUAUGGAUACAAGGGUUCAUAUUUGUCAAAAGAGUGGUUGGCACAACCUGCCUUUAUCCAGUCGUUUGCUCCGACCUCACUAAUAUAUGUUUCAAAUCAGACAGACUUGCCCAAGAUCUUCUUAAUUGAUGAGGUUACCAUGGCAACUCAAGACACUAAUCAGUCGUAUUGGGAAAUUACUUCGGAUAGUUACUUUCAGUACAUUAAGCAAUAUGUGGAGGGCAUUGGACCUUGGAAGGAUACAGUGGUUCCUGUAAAAGAUAAUUAUGUGCUAACACCUACUGAUCUUGUUGCCAGAGCACACGCCCAUAACCUACAGGUUCACCCAUACACUUUCCGUAAUGAGAAUAAGUUCUUAUACUUCAACUUUCAUCAAGAUCCAUAUCAGGAAUAUGCUUACUGGAUUCACGAGAUAGGAGUUGAUGGAAUCUUUACAGACUUCACAGGAAGCCUCAAUAAUUAUCAGGAAUGGACUUCUCAAUCUUCAAAUGAUAGUGAUAGCAGUGCAUCUAAACUUUUGCAUAAAAUUGCAUUGUUGGUCAAUUCCUAUGAAAGGGUAUGAGGGAACAAAUUGUAUGUAUAAUGUAUCACUAUAUUUUUAUCAUAAUUUUUCAUAGCAAUUACUUUGUACGAUAACAUUAUUGAAUCUGUUCAAUAAAGGAAAUUUAUGAGUGGUGAUUUUCCUUGCUAAGAAAAA